AUGAACCAAGCCAGCCUCGCGUUCCGCUACACCGAGGCGAGCGCAGCGAACGCCGAUGGCCUCGAGCUUCUCUGGGCGUCCGACGACUGCUACAAGUGCACACCGCUGCCGCUGCGUCCCGUAGGAUGCGCACCGACCAACGCGUCGUGCAUCUCGCUCUCGCCCAACACCAACUACACGUUUCACGUCGACGCCAAGUUUCCCAUGAGCUUGGAGCUCCACGGCGACAACCGCUCGGUCUGGCGCAGUCGGUACCACUUUAGCGAAUACGGCUCGUACUCGAUGCUCGGGCAGCAAGUCGACUCUGGCGACGUCCACGCGUCCAUCGAGCUCGUGCAGGAAGGAGAGACGUCGCUCGUGCUCCCGUUUCUCUUGGGCCUUCUCAGCCUGUGGAUCGUCAGCGGUCCUGUCCGAUUCUUCUGGGCCAAACACCUCGCCUCUCUGCGCGACGAAGACGACGACGACAACGACGACAAGCAGCCGCUGCUUGAGCCGGCGCGGCCCAUAGUGAAGCCGCCCCGCGUCGUCUGCCUCGACGUCUUCCGCGGAAUCACGAUCUUCACCAUGAUCUUUGUCAACUAUGGCGGCGGCGACUACUGGUUCUUCAACCACAGCACGUGGAACGGUCUCACGGUCGCCGACCUCUGCUUUCCCUGGUUUGCGUGGAUCAUGGGCGCCACCAUGGCGAUCGGGCUCGUCAAGAAGCUCGGGGCCCCCGCGACCUUUGCGCGCACCGUGACGCUGCGCAGUGUCAAGCUCUUUGCGCUCGGUUUGUUUCUCAACAAUGGUUUUGACCUCGCCCAUUGGCGCAUUCCCGGGGUGCUGCAGUCGUUUGGCGUUGCGUACUGGCUCGUGGCCAUGGUGCUGCUGCUCUCGUCGUCGCUCUCGACCGAUCGCCGGCGCCAGAUCCUCUUGCAGUGGCUACUCAUGCUGCUGCUUGUUGCUCUUCAGUGCGGCCUCGUCUUUCUGUUGCCGGUGCGCGGCUGUCCGACCGGGUACCUCGGUGCUGGUGGCAUUGGCGAGGAUGGCCUCUACCCCAACUGCACGGGCGGCGCCCACAAGGCCGUGGACCUCUUCCUCUUUGGCGACGCCCACAUCUUCCAGAACCCGACGACCAAGGACGUGUACUUGACCGGCGCGUUCGACCCGGAAGGCGCGCUCAACUGGCUCAUGGUGGCCAGUACAACCUUUCUCGGAUUGCAAGUCGCGACGGCUUUUCUCGCCGACGCGUCGCUUGCUUACUCGCAGCGAGCGCUUCGCCUCGCGCUCCUUGGCCUCGGUCUCGGUCUCGGCGCGCUCGUGCUCUCGCAAGGGCGGCUCAACGACGGCUGGGUGCCGAUCAACAAGAACCUCUGGAGCCUCUCGUUCGUGCUCGGGACGUCGAGCCUCGCGAGUCUCCUGUUGCUCUACCUCUUUCUCGCUGUCGACACGUUCAAGCUUUGGACGGGCGCGCCGUUCGUCCAAGCAGGCAUGAACCCCAUCGUGCUCUACCUCGGCCACGAACUGCUCCAGGACCACUUUCCCUUUGGCUUCAAACACGAUAUCGAGCCAACGCACACGCUCUCGAUGCUCUCGGCCCUCCUCGGCGCCAUCAGUUGGGUCGGCAUUGCGCUGCUCCUCCACCGCCGCAACGUGUUUCUCACCGUCUAG